AUGACCCGCAAACUCGCAAUCUCCACAGUCUCACUAGGCUGGCAUCGCACCCACACGCUCGAGCGCAAACUCCGGGCCGCCUCAACCGCCGGCUUCGAAGGGGUAGAACUCGUCAUCACCGACCUUGACGCCCACGCAGCCCAACACAAGCUCUCGCGCCUCGAGGCCGCAUCGCAGAUCCGAGCGCUGUGCUCCAAAAAUGGACUCAAUAUUGUAAGUCUCGCCUCGUUCGACAACUUCGAAGGACACCCGACGAAGAGGCUGUCCCAAAGACUAGACCAAGGGAGGGAAUGGAUCGCCCUCGCCCACGCGCUGGGCACACCCACGAUUCAAAUCCCCAGCAACGACGACCCAGACGCGGUGGGCGACGAGGAAGUCAUCGUCUCGGAGCUGCGCGCGUUGGCGGAUCUAGCGAUGGCCCUUGAUCCAGGGCAGCCCGUCAAGUUCGCGUACGAGGCCCUCGGCUGGGGCACGCACGUCGCGGACUGGGAGGAGUCGCUGCGCGUCGUGCGACUGGUGGAUCGGCCGAAUUUCGGCCUCUGUCUAGAUAGUUACCAUGUGCUGGGGCGGCUUUGGGCAGACCCCCGGGCUCGGACGGGGCGGCGGCCUGGAGGAGACACCGCGCUGAGGGCUUCACUCGACAGGUUUGUCGAGAAGUGUAAGCGCGAGGAGGGCGUGAGGAACAAGAUCUUCUAUGUCCAGCUUAGUGAUGCUGAGAUGAUGACGCUGCCGAUCUUGCCGGGUCAUGAGGCCUACAGUGGUGAAAAGGAUGGUGUGCAUUCGUGGUGUACCUACGGGAGAUUGUUUCCGCUCGAGGAUGACAAAGGGGCUUAUUUGCCUGUGGGCAGGGUUGUGGAAGCGUGGUUGAGAGAUAGCGGGUGGGGUGAUGGCAAUGGGUGGGUGAGUAUGGAGGUUUUUCAUAGGGAUAUGAAGAGGGAGGAGUGUGGGCCUGAGGAAUGGGCGGCGAGGGGGAGAGCGAGCUGGGAGAAAUUGAAACAACGGCAUUUAGAUUGA